AUGCUUGUUCUAUGGUUGUUAUUACAUAGUUACAUAGUUAUUUACUCUGCAUUUAGUUUAACUUAAAGCACUUAAAUAGCUAUAAUAAUUAGAAGAAAAUAGUCUCGUAAUCGUUUCGAAAAGUAUUAUAAUUUUUUGCUUACAAACACUAAAAAACAAAAAAAAAAAAUGAGACUAAGUAAACGAAAAGCUAGAAGUUCCAAGCCUCGUAAAUCACAAGAUAUACAAGGUUCUGAAAUUGUUUCUUCUGUACUUGACCCAGGCCCGAACCGGGACUUCCCGUCAAGGUUCGUGGAGAUCUGCGCGGAGGAGUGUGUUUUGCGUGUACCACUUGUGGUGGUGACACCAACGUACGGGGGCGAAGAAUUUGCGGCGGAGAGUGAGUUAGACCAUAUUGACGACAGAGAUGACGAAGAUCCAGUGCCAGUCAUCAGAGUUACAUUUGAUCAGUCUGACAAGAAUGGCGAUGUACAAAAGGCUGCAAUUAAAGGUUUCAGAUUGGAGACAGACUUGCUCCGAGCCAUCGGGAGAUGUUUGACAGCAUUCCCGACUAUCACCAGUCUCAGGCUGGAGGACUGCGGGCUCGCUACGGACCAGCUGUCCUUGCUGGCGAGGCUAGUCGUGCGAGCCACGACCUUGAGAGAGCUCAGCCUGGACUACAACACGCUCCCUGGGGGCGACUUGGGACCGCUGCUCGACCCCAGGGCGAGGCUAGAGAGCUUGUCCCUGCGAUGGUGCGGGGUGUCGGACGGCGGAGCCCUCUCGCUGGCCGGAGCCCUGGCCUAUCAGGACACGGGGACGAGCCCCCUCCUCUCCCUCAACCUCACGUGCAACAGCAUCACCUGCGAGGGCGCCCGUCACCUGGCAGAGGCGCUGAGGACCAAUAGGAUACUGGUGUGCCUGUUGCUGGCGGGCAACAGGAUCGGCGACGAUGGUGCCUCCUGGUUGGCCGAGUCUCUGCAGAGGUUCCCACUCACCCAUAGUGAGGCUAGGCUCAGACGUAGGAAGAAUAUCCAGAGACUGAUCCAACAGAAAGACACUGGGGAGCAGCAGUCAGCAGGGAAGAUGCCUCGAACCACACAGCGGCCCCAGGGGAGCGUGACAGAGAGAGCAUCCUUGCGCAGGGAGAGUAGCAGCAGCAAAGACAGGAAGAAAGAGAAGGCGUCUGCCCAGGGGGUGAGCGAGGGACCUCUGGUGGAUGAGCACCCCUUCAUGCAGGAGGUGGUGGCAGAGGGCGGGGAGCUGUGGUGCGUCGGCAACCGCGUGCUGGCACACCUGAGCCUCGCCUACAAUCACGUGGGGAGUCCAGGUAUGAAGGCUUUGCUGGCGGCAGUUAAGUACCAAGACAGUAUUGCAGCACCUUCCCAACAGAAAGGACUCUCACGACUUGUGUUGGAGGGCAACUCCGUGCCAGAGGAGAGCCAGGACCUAACUGAGCUAAGGGAGAUAAGCCAAUCACGCCUCAGCACUGCAGUUCCAGUGACCGCUCCGUCGCCACCCCCGCCAAGACGAAGCACCGAGCCCAGACCCCAGACCCCAGAAAUAAAGGGGUGAAGAUAGCAUGGAGACAGUUUUCAGGAGAAUAUUUAAUAGCUUUAUUUUGUCGGAAGUUUUGGUACAAGUUUAAAUGUGUAUUAUUGGGAAUGAGCAAAGUUUGUGAUGGUGUCGUGGGUAAGCUGGAACAGUGUUGUGGUCUGAAGAUGGCACCCAUUGUGAGUUGUGAAUUUUUGUGAGUAUUAAUCAAGUUUUUGUAUGUUUGUGCAAUCUAGACCAUUUUUCUGCUGAGUUUUGUGUUUAACAAUAUUAAUAAGAUUGAAAUAAUAAGUCAGUGACAAAAAGUAAAAUUUAAAUUUGAAAACAUGUUGGCACUAAACCACACAAUUUUUAUCCUUCCAAAUGCUUAAAAACAAAAGUAGGUUUAUUAGUACCAAUACCACCAUUUUUUGUUUUGAUAUUUCGGUCAUUUUAUGUAUUAUUAAUGUGUGAUAAUCACAGCAGAAUCAUCCUGCCUUGGCAAGCGUAGGAACGUCACGGCUGUCACACCACAACAUUGCCUGUGCUCACGACACUCAGUAAUAGGCUAAAACAACUCAUCAUCAUCAUCAUCAUCAAUGCACAAUACAUUAAAAAUAAACAAAACUUGUCAAAGUGUAAAACCGUAAAAUAUUUGGCCUACACAUUGCACUAGAAAUGCUGUACUUUUUUUUUCUUUUCAAAUUUAUAACUUUCUCACGAACUUAUAACAUUACAAAAGAUUUUGAACAUUUUAGUUGCUGUUUUUUAACUGACUGGCAUUAGUAUGUGUAAUGUUGUUUUAGGUUCACAUUUAAGUGUCUUGCCACGAGUUGUUGAAGUGAUUGAUCAACAUUAUUGUACUUGAUAUGUACUUAUCAUUAAUUCAUUAUGUGUGUUUUAGUUAUUACAAACGAUGAAGCCGGAACCUUUUUAAUGAUGAUAUUAGUUUCUUUAUCUUAUAUAUAAAAUUCUCAUGUCACAGUGUUAGUUAUCAUACUCCUCCGAAACGGCUUGACAGAUUUUUAUCAAAUUUUGUAUAUGCAUAUUCAGUAGGUCUGAGAAUCUGAUACUAUUUAUUUUUCAUACCCCUAAGUGAUUAGGGUUGUC